AUGGGGAAAUUAAUAAACCUCGUCCGUCCGGUCGUUCCGACGACCGAUGCUGCUCCCGCACCGGAGACCCAGCCACCGUCUUCUCCGGCAGCAGCCGACCCCGCCCCCGCCCCCAUCCCAAACGCCGCCGCCGCCCCGUCGCCGCGUCCCUCCUGCGGAGGCUCCGCCACCACCUCGCCGCCGCGCCCCUCCCCUCGACCCGUCGGCCUACGCGGGCCUCCUCCGGGCCGCGUCGAGGGGGCGGUCGCUGACGCUGGCCAGGCUGACCCACUCCCACAUGCUCCGCGCCGGCUUCCAUCCGGGCCUCUUCCUCCGCAACAACCUCCUCGCCGCGUACUGCCGCGGCGGCGACAUGCGCCAUGCCCGCCUCCUGUUCGACGGAAUGCCGCGCCGGGACGCCGUGUCCUGGAACACCCUCAUCGCGGGCUACUCCAGCCAGGGCGGGGCCGGCGCGCGCCUCUCGCUCGCCGCCUUCCGGGACGCGCGGGCCGGCGGCGUCCGGGCGGACAGGUUCACCUACGCCGCGGUGCUGGCGGCGUGCGGCAGGGCCGGGGACUGGAGGCAUGGCCGGGCGGCGCACGGGCUGGCCGUGGUGAGUGGGCUUGCGCAAGACGUGUUCCUGACCAACUCCGUCAUCGACAUGUACGCCAAGUGCAGGAUGAUCGACGAGGUGAGGCUGGUGUUCGACCGGGCUGAGGAGUGGGACGAGGCGUCGUGGAACCUGCUGCUGUCGGCAUACGUGCGCAUGGGGUGGCCGGAGGUGGCCGUGCACGUGCUCGUCUGGAUGCACCGGUCAGGGGUCAAGCUUGAUAGCUUUGCCUUGGGUGGGAUCCUCAAGGCUUGCUCCGAGCUCCAGGGCUCCGAGGAUGUCCGGAGGAUGCUGCAUGGCUGCGUGGUUAAGGUUGGUUUGGACUUGGAUAUGUUCGUUGGGAGUGCCAUGGUGGACAUGUAUGCCAAGAACGGUGGACUUGAGGAGGCGAUCAAGGUGUUUGACUGCAUCCCGAAUCAGAAUGCGGUGGUCUACGGUGCCAUGAUCGCGGGGUUCGCUCGCUUAGGUAAUGACCCUUGCCCUGAGAUUAGAAUCGAAGCUGUCAGGCUUUUCUCAGACUUGCUCCGGAUGAGUGUAAAACCGUCCAGGUUUACUUUCAAGAGUGUGCUCGAAGUCUGCAAUUUGACCAAUGCGGUGCACUGUGGGAGGUUGAUACACGCUCAUGUUAUAUUCAAUGGGUUUCAGGAUGACGAGUUCAUAGCAAAUGCGCUGAUCAACUUGUACUCCAAAGCACGGUCAGUAAGUGACAGUCUGAGAUGCUUCCAGAUGACUCCCAGGCAAGAUGUCGUCACAUGGACAUCCAUGAUUACAGCAUUCGCGCAUGAUGAGAAUUUCGAGAAGGCACUAGGCCUGUUCCUAGAGUUUCUUUCUGUUGGAAAAGAGCCAGACCAGUUCACCUUAUCGAGUGUGAUGAAUGCCUGUGCUGCUCUGAGUCUACCAGCAACCUGUAAGCAGAUACACUGUUAUACGGUCAAAUCUGGACUCGGUCAGUUCACUGUGUGCGGCAAUUCUCAGAUUUCUAUGUAUAGGAAUAUAGGUGAUGUUGAGGCUUCAAAGAAGACAUUCAGCAGAUUACAUGUCUGGAUAUAUUCUCAUGGUCUGCAAUGAUUUUGAGCUACGCAGUCCAUGGCCAUGAAGGCGAGGCUCUAGUGCUCCUGGAGAAGAUGAAGGAUUGUGGUGUCGUGAUAAAUGAUAAUGCUUUGUUUGCCGUUCUCAUUGCUUGCAGCCAGCAGGGGCUGGCAGAGGAAGGUUUCAGACAUUAUGAGAGCAUGCUAUCAGAUUAUGGCUGUUCCCCAAAUACGAAGCACAAAGCUUGCGUAGUUGAACUCCUUGGCCGUGUUGGCAAGAUGGCUGAGGCUGAAGAUUUCAUAAUGGGGUCUGGAUCAGAAAAUGACCCAAUACUUUGGCAUGCACUGUUGCGGGCAUGCAGAAUCCAUGGGGACAAAGAGAGAGGUAUAAAAACCGGAGAGAAAUUAAUGGAACUCGAGCCCUUCGCUGUUACUUCAUAUGUGGUGCUGUACAACCUCUACAUGGAUGCCGGCAAAAUCUCAUUGGCUAUGAAGACUAGAGGCCUGAUGAGAGAGCGAGGCAUGAGUAAGGAAGCCGGGAUUAGUUGGGCCGAGUUUGGGGGAUCCAUCCAUCAUUUUACUGAUGGAAAUAACUCCUGCCGACACAAUAAUGCAGUUCAUGCCAGAUUAGAAGAGAUGCUGGUCAGUGUGAAACAGAAGACCGAGCGUGGUGGAACGGACAUUUGGGAAUUAGGAUUCCAGAUUAGAAAGGAUGGCGAGACCUCACUUUCCAGACAUGGUGAACUGCUGGCGGUGGCUCUUGGGCUGUCCACUUUGCCAUCUGCUGCUCCUGUAACAGUUAUGAAGAACCAGAGGAUAUCCUGGGAAAGCCAUGAAACACUGAAGUUGCUAUCAGCAAGGGAAAACAGGGGAAUAAUUAUCAGAGAUCCGACCCAUUUUCAUCGUUUUGAUCAAGGUUCGUGCUCUUGCAGAGACUACUGGUAGACAUAGGUGAUAUAUAACCUUGGGAGUACAAACCUUAGAAGGGCCAGCGGAACAGUUUGGCUAUUCUUGCAGCUGAGGUUGAAACUGGUGUCUGGCAGUUGGGAUCAGAGGAAUGAGAGGAUUACAGUAAAGGGUACAGUGACAUUCCACUGAACAGAGGCUGUGUCAUUCCACUGAACAGAAGCUGUGAACAUGUAGCAUACGAUUGUGCUUGAUGAUGUCCAGCUCCAGCCACGCAUCACUUUGCGAUUAAGCGUCCACGUCCCGAGCUGUUCAUCUCUGCUGAAAUCGUAGGAUUGCUGGAGAUGUGAAGGCAGAACUGCUUCCCUGCAUCUCAGCUAGAACUGUGGCUUAAUUGUAUAUACUUGGGGCAUUUUUGUGAGCAAAAUGUGCUGACCUGAACAGCCGGCAGCUGCUGUUUUUUGCGCCAUGGUCGAAUCUGAGGCCCAUCUGCAGCACGUACACUAUAGUCACACUACUGUAGAAGCUGUGGUCAGAAGUGUUAAUAUUGAGAAGUUCCUGAUGGGGAGAAAAGCUCAUUGCGAAACGAAUGAGGUGCUACACUCUCACCAAGAUGAAAGAAUUCGCUGGGAUUUUUUUGCACAGGCUGACGUAGGUUACAGCUCUUACACAUCUCGACGCCCCACAUCGAGCGCUAAAUCCAGGAAAACAGUCCCGCCCCGCUGCCGCUCCCCAUCGGUCAGCCUUUUUGUUUCUCAUUCAGAGCUCAAGAGUUCAGUAAUAUGAAUUUAUCAUGUGGCUAAUUUUCCAUAUGAUUUUAUUGCUCUUGAAGGGGAUUAGAAGCUUCCUCACUGGCUAGAAUCACAAAGUAUUAAUUUUGCUUUUGGAUAUGUGCAUAUUGCUAUCGGGAUGUUAGAAAGAGAGAACAUAAUAACAGAGAUGUACAGUUUUGAAAUUUGCGUUGUAUUUUCUCACCACAUGUUACGCAAAUGACAGUGCACUUUUUUGCACUAGAUGUUAACAUUAUUUGGUAGCCAGUUCCAGGUUUCUUCUUUUUAAUCAAUAUUGCUACUUGCUACUAUUUGUUUGCUCUUACUAUUUCCAUUCUUGAAUAGCCGAUCAGUGUACUACACAAAUGUUGUAACUGAAUCAUUGUUUUCUGAGAUGGCAAUAAAGUCAGAUACUUGUACAAAGUGAUGGACUGUUGAAAUGUGCAUUGCUGUUGUCACUUUUACAAGUUGAAGCCCCAUUCAGAGGCCGUUUUCAUCAGCAGCAUACAGCUGACCACAGGGUGGAACUUGAUAACACUGUUGAUUAUUGGUUGCUAUAGAAAUUCUAGGAAAGCUAAUUCUGGGAGUGAACCAUGAAUAUUACGGGGGUCAGAUUAAAUGAAUGUUGUGUGCUAACAUGGUGCACCGCUGGAGAUGUAUUUAGUAUUCGCUUCUUGAACUUAGCACUUGGAAAGUUAGUUGACACAUAUCUAUGAUAAUAUAAGAAGUAAUAAUUAUCUCACAAUAGGAAGAAGUAAGCCCUGUUGCCGGUGGACUACUGGACGUCGAUAUAUCGAUACGGUCUCCUACAACCGCUGUAGAGGAGCGAAAACUUGCAGCAGCAUCUCCGACACCCUCCUGACCAUGACCACUUCGUUGACAAGAAAGAUUGAAAUGUUUGCUUCUAGAUACUCAAGCAUGGGUGGCAGCAUGGAUUUAUUUACGAAGGGUGGUAGACACAACCAUGAGGUGUGCACACACAUUUACCUGCAUUCUUAUCUUGACCAUGGGAGCCAAUUCUAAUACAUGCCAACAGUAGAGAAAUGUAUGAUCAUGAGAGAAAGGAGUAAGCCUAUAGAAUUUGUGACUAUGUAUAAGGGCUCUUCACCAAGUGUGUGCACUGUACUUUAUGGAUUUUAUUUGUGAAUUUUUCCAUGAUAUGUUGCACAAAGUCGCAGAAUGUAAACAUGAACAAAUUAAUGUUUUGGAUGGAUUCUCUGA